GUGUGAUCACGGGGUAAAGGCCCUGGGUCAGCACGGCCGUAGGGGGGGGGGGUCCCCGUUACCCCUCCCGCCGCCAUGCUGCUGGGCGCCUUCACGACGCUGCUGGGGGCGCUGCUGGUGCUGAGCCGCAGCCCGAUGCUCUCCUGCCUGCUCACGGGCGGCCUCUACCUGGCGCUGCGGCUCCUCAGCCUCGAGCCGGUCUCCCUGCAGCGGGCCCAGCACAUCGUGCAGCCCCGCGGCGCCGCCGCCCGCAUCGCCCACCGCGGCGGCGGGCACGACGCGCCCGAGAACACGCUGGCGGCCAUCAGACAGGCAGCUGAGAAUGGAGCCACAGGUGUGGAGCUGGACCUUGAAUUCACUGCAGAUGGCAUUCCCAUUCUAAUGCAUGAUGAUACAGUAGAAAGGACAACUGAUGGGUCUGGGAGUUUACGUGAUUUUACGUUUGAAGAAAUUAGGAAGCUUAAUCCAGCUGCAAAACAUAGACUAUGGAGAGAUUUCCGGGGUGAAAAAGUACCAACUUUGAAAGAAGCCGUUAUGGAAUGUAUGCAUUAUAACCUUAUAAUCUACUUCGAUGUCAAAGGCCAUGUAAAUCAGGCAGUUGAUGCCCUAAAACUCCUCUAUCUGGAAUAUCCUCGUUUGUACAACAGUAGCAUUGUCUGCUCUUUCAUACCAGAGAUCGUCUAUAAGAUGCGGCAAUCUGAUAGGAAUGUUGUUACAGCAUUAACACACAGGCCCUGGAGCCUUAGUCAUUUUGGAGAUGGGAAGCCUCGUUUUGAUUGCUUUUGGAAGCACUAUGGGUAUAUGAUGAUGGACAUCAUUCUGGACUGGAGCCUGCACAACUUCUUGUGGUACCUGUGUGGGGUUUCAGCUUUCCUCAUGCAGAAAAAUUACAUUUCACAAGAGUAUGUGAGGCAGUGGUCUUCACGAGGCGUUCAAGUGGUUGGCUGGACAGUGAACACAUUUACAGAAAAAAUGUACUAUGAGAACGUCCUUGAGACCAGCUACAUCACAGACAGCUUGGUGGAGGACUGUGAUCCUCACUAUUAGACUUACACUGUAUGGGACUCUUAAAUAUGCCAUCCUGGUUCAUGCAGAUCUGAGUUCAGCACCAGCGGGUCCAAAGAUGCAGAAUGAGGCUGCAUACAUAAGUUGGGUUUUUUUGCUUGUACUGUAUGAUUGGUUCUUAAAUCACUGCAAACCCCUCUGUCACACUACUAGGCCGAGCCACAAUCAACAUUAGUGCUGAGGAGAAAUGUUGCGUGCCUCUGCUAUCAGAGGAAAUUGCUGUAUGGUCUAAAAAGAUCAGUUGUGAUCAACUGAUUUGGUAACUAGUAGUACAGACUAGUUACCUAGGCUUAUAAGUCAUCUAAUCAAACUGUUUCUUUACUUGAUUUAACCCUUGAUUUUAAGUCAGCAGCAGCUUUUGAAUGCCUAAUUUUAAACUGUACAUUAAACAAUCUCCUCCUCAAAUAAUAGUGUGAGGUACCUCUACCGCAAUGUUAAAGAGCAGAUGGUAGGUGUAUUCCCAUACCAUAACCUUUUGAAUACAAUAUGGUCAGUUAAUAUUAGAGAGUGAAUAUACUUCACUGCUACAGGCUGGAAAGGAUGGAUAUGCUGUACUCUUACAGUAUGGAGAGACUAUAGCUGUCUCUGGUUUGGGCAAAUACUGCACUAAAACGUUGAUGGCUGGUGGGUAAACUUGAAUAUCUCCUUUUACUUCGGUCUUAAACCUGACUUUAAAAAGGGGUGAGGGAGGCUAGAAAGCUUCUUCCUCCUGAUGAUACUGUAGCUGAAUAAUUCUUCAUAAACACAGGCUGUGGCGCUGCUGUUAGCCAGAGGCUAAGCAGUAGCUGAAACACUUUUUUUUUUUUUUUGGGUGGUGGUUGCUGCUAAAUUGUUUGCACAGAUAAAUGGAUAGAAGGGCUCUGUGAUAGGGUUCUCUCACCACUCUUGGCACCAAGAGGGAUAGCUCAGUGGUGGGGGAGGGAUAGCUCAGUGGUUUGAGCAUUGGCCCGCUAAACCCAGGGUUGUGAGUUCAAUCCUUGAGGGGGCCAUUUGGGGAUUGGUCCUGCUUUGAGCAGGAGGUUGGACUAGAUGAUCUCCUGAGGUCCCUUCCAACCUUAAUAAUCUAUGAUCUCCUGGCCAUCCUGGGAUUAGCUCUGCCAGGUGCUGCACCCUCCUCCGCAUUCUCUCUGCCCAUCUUCUCUCAACCUGCAGCAUCUGUCUCUUGGAGCAGCAGCUUCUGGUUUGUGGCUUGGCCUUCCGGCCAGGUCACUAAGUUCCUCUCUUUCCAGGGAAAUCACAGUCCUUCCGGAUCAUCUGUCUGUCUCCAACAUCCUGUGUCACUACUCGGUGACUGGUAAGGGAACCCAGGCUCGCCCGCUACACUGGGUUCAAGCCCAGGGACCCUAUAACAUGCAGCCAAGGCCUGUACUGUCCUAUCCCUUGCUGCUGUUUCCGGGGCUUCUUCCUUCACCGCUCGUGCCCAUUCUGGGCAUUAGUUCUGCCAGGUGCUGCAACCUCCUUAGUGUUCUUUCUACCCCUCUUCUCCAGUCUGUAGCCUCUCUCACUCUCGGAGUGGCAGCUUCCAGUUUGUGGCUUGGCCCUGCAGCCAGGUCGCUAAGUUCCUCCCCUUCCGUGGAAAUCACAGUUCUUCUGGACCAGCUGUCUAGCUGACAGCUCCAAUGCCCUGUGGCAGGUAGGUGAACCCAAGCCUGCCCUCUACACUGGGUUCCAGCCUAGCAACCCUAAUAACAUGCAUUCAAGGCCUGUAUCGUCCUAGCCCUUGCUGCUGUUUCCAUGGGCUUCUUCCUACUUAUCUGGGUUCACACUUCUGUAAAAAUCAAAGUGGUUUAGACUUGUAAUAAACAAGUCGGCUAGUUCAGGACUAGUUUUAUAGUAUGGCAGGUAUGCAUCAUCUAAUAUGAGUAGCAUCCAUAAGAGUAGGUUUGAUACUUUUCCUAAUGGAUCAAGACCUACAUUAACGUUGUUCUUAUUAUGAAUACCACUAACUGAUCAAACUGUUGUAGCUGUACCUUGGGUGGGACCUGUAGGUAGAGGAGAGAAGUCAUGAAUGGCACAGCUCUGCAAGAAAGAUGCAUGGGGAUAGAACUACUGUAAAAUAAGGGUGGUCUGAUUUAAAUGAGAGAGAGCACACUGAAUAUUAACCAAGUGUCAGUUUUAUACCUUGCCUCCAGAACAAAAUGUCACUUCCAUGUCAUUUAAAAGUAGAGAGACUUAAAACCAAUUGUUUACCUGCUGUUGUUGACCAUUGAGAUGUAGCCGAACAUGCUAUACCAAUAGAUGUGUAAUUAUGUAUUUUCAGAUACAAAGGGUAAUCGCAUGCUUUAGCAUGCAGGCUAGCCUCUUGCAUUAGAGCUCCACCUUUCCCUGUCAGCCCAGAUACAGCACUGCACAAGUGGCUAGUCACUUUGUUGAGACUCGGGUGGUGGGAAUUGAGUAGUAUUCCCUGUCAAAGCUAGAAUAGCAAACUAAGAGGAUCAAUUGACCAGUUCACUCUUUUGUAUUUAAAUGAUGCCUGAUACUCAUAUGCUAUGUCACUGUUGGGUGAAAUUACUUUCUUCAUAGGCUAUAGCAUAUCUCAUAUGAUCAAUCAGGGAUUAAAAUCUACCUCAAUAAAUUAGGUAAAGUCAGUGUUUUGUGCCCAAUAACUAAUUGUGUAUACAAUUCUAUAGCACUUGACUCAAAUGAAAGCUGCAUGUAAUGUAGGAACUAACAAGUUGAUUAAAGGAAGGAUAGGCUCAUAUGUGGUCAUUAUAGCAGCAGAAAAUAGUGACUAAUUGUGUACUGUAUCUGUGGUGGGGCAGUAGAUUUAAAACACAAAAAAGUUCCCUGCUUAGGAACUUCUAUGAACUGACCAAGGUUGCUUAUUUUCAAGAGUUACUCUUUCUCAGCCUUACUGGCCUGUCUUCAGCCUAGUCCUUGUUCAAGCCAGCCAUUGCACAGUGAAUCAAAGGCUGAAGUUGUAAGAUAUCUCCUGGAGAGUAGCAUGGCUGGUAACAGUAUAGACAUGUAUGCGCUGAAUCCACUUUUAAUAAAAUCUCUUCAAGUGACAGUUUGUCCUUUUGUCUUUCAUUCAGAGGUCUAGAAAACUUAACUAAUGUUAAGCAGAAAGCUUCCUUUCCCCUAUCCAGGUUACUAACAUGUAGAUACUUCUAAAUGGAUUCUGCUGUAAAACUUGCCUCCUCACUAACUACUCCUAGACUGAGACUAAAGAAUCUGUACUAAUCUGAUCAUUGUAAGGUGAGUUGAUAUGAGCUAUUUCAUCUGGUAGCCGUCCU